UUUCAUGGAUGCUUGUUAUGUCUGUCAAACCACUAGCGAUUAGAAAAAUAUAGAUUUUCAUAUAAAAAUAACCAUUCGCAAAUGCAAUAUGGAUACUGUGGUUGUUGUCGUUUGGCUUUCUAUAGUGGUCACCAUCCUGUCGAGGUCGCACGCCGACCGGAACGUCUACCCGUCUGCAGGCGUGCUGUUUGUCCACGUCCUGGAGAGAGAACACUUCAAAGGAGAGUUCCCUCCCUAUCCCAAACCUGGGGAUUCCAGCAACGACCCCAUCACCUUCAACACCAACCUGAUGGGCUACCCAGACCGGCCAGGCUGGCUGCGUUACAUCCAGAGAACCUCACACAGCGAUGGGGUGCUCUACGGAUCCCCCACUGCAGAACACGUGGGCAAGGCCACCAUCAUAGAGAUUACUGCCUAUAACAGACGCACUUUCGAAACGGCCCGGCACAACUUGGUCAUAAACAUCAUGUCCACGGAAGACUACCCACUGCCAUACCAGGCAGAGUUCUUCAUAAAGAACAUGAAUGUGGAGGAGAUGUUGGCCAGCGAGGUUCUGGGAGACUUCCUUGGCGCAGUGAAGAACGUGUGGCAGCCCGAACGCCUCAACGCCAUUAACAUCACCUCAGCGCUGGACAGGGGCGGACGUGUUCCCCUGCCCAUCAACAACCUCAAAGAGGGUGUGUAUGUGAUGGUGGGGGCAGACGUGCAGUUCUCUUCCUGCCUGAGGGAGGUGGAGAACCCCCACAACCAGCUGCGCUGCAGCCAGGAGAUGGAGCCUGUCAUCAGCUGUGACAAGAAGUUCAGGGCCCAGUUCGACAUUGACUGGUGCAAGAUCAACCUGGUGGACAUCACCAAGGUGGUCAUGAUCCACAGUAACCGUCCGGACCCAGGUACAGGGGUUCUGCCUGACAUCGGGGAGUACAACCCCCCAUCAGAGUCUCUGAAGAGCAGGGACUUCUUUGCCGACUUCCUCAUCACGUUGGCAGUGCCCUCGGCCGUGGCCAUGGUCCUCUUCACCAUCCUGGGUUACUCCAUGUGCUGUCGGCGAGAAGGGGUGGAUAAAAGAAACAUGCAAACACCAGAUAUCCAGUUAGUACAUCACAGCUCCAUCCAGAAGUCGACCAAGGAGCUGCGGAGCAUGUCUAAGAACAGAGAGAUCUCCUGGCCCCUCUCCACCCUGCCUGUCUUCAGCCAAAGUGGGGAGGUGGUGCCCCCUAUACACCCAGACAACUACGAGACAACCAGCAUGCCCCUGAUGCAGACACAGACAAACCUGCAGAACGAGAUUCAGAUACCACAGCAACAGCCAUCAGGUAAAUGGUAUUCCUGAGGAGAGGAAAGUGGCUGAAGCACUGAACUUGUGACGAGAGAGAAGCCCAAGAGACAGUGGUGGAGCUGCUUUCUGUCUGUCCGUGUCCCUUUAAGCCAAGUGUUUUUCUAUGUCUACAUCCUAAAUAGAGUACCACUGCAUGAGUCAUAAUAGACAUCAAACCUAGCGGUCAAAUAGGGAAAAGGUUCCAAUCGUUUUUCCACCAUUCAUUUUUCCCAUAGGGGAUUUUAAAACACUUAUAAGGGCUG